CAGCUGAUCUGAUUUAUGACGCAAUAAUGUUUACAGAUUUUGGGCAACCAAGCGCAACGUAAGGAUCAAAGUUCGGUAUUCAUUUUAACUCAAAUAUUUUAAAUAAUUACAAUGUCGCUUCUCCUUCCAACACUUGAAGAAAUACAAUGGUUCAUACAAAUUGUCGUUGUUGUGUUCCUGGUGCUCGCUGUAGUACCAGCAUGCUUUGGCAGAGAAAUUGGCAUUCGCCGAAUCUACAUUAAAUCACUUAUCCGACUUUUUAAAUGGGGAACGGAAAGACUGGAAAGGGAAGGAGCGCGGAGAAACCAAUCAAUAAUCAUGGCAACCUCUGAAGAUAUAAUUGAGAAAGAAAAUUCCAUCAAUAGACUUGGUAGCCUCACUAAUUGUGUCAACGAACAACAUAAGAACUUUGAACUGAGCGAUGUUGUAUAUUUGGUUAAAAGUGGAAUUGAAGCAGUCAUAGAUGAUGAAGUCACAAAGAGAUUUCGAGCAGAAGAACUUUCAUCUUGGAACCUUUUAACACGAACCAACUUCCAUUAUCAAUUUAUCAGCAUAAGACUUUCCCUGCUAUGGUUUGCUGGUGUGGUCCUUAGAUACUGUGUACUUCUCCCACUAAGAAUCCUUGUAACAUGCUUUGCUCUUACAUGGUUGUUUGUCACUGUCUUUCCACUAACAUUAAUGGCAGAUUCAGAAUUUAAACGAAAGGCCGCAUAUUAUGUUAAUCUCGUCGCAUUCCGAAUUAUUUGCCGAGGUUUUUCAGCUGUUGUUGAUUACCAUGACAAGGAAAACAUGCCUCAGUCGGGAGGUAUUUGUGUAGCGAACCACACAACUACAUUAGAUGUAGCGAUUCUUAUGCAGGACCGACCAUAUGCAGUGCUUGGUCAAAUACAUGGAGGCUUCCUUGGUUGGAUGAUGAGAACUUUAUCAAAAGCAACGAAACAUGUUUGGUUUGAAAGAUCUGAGGUUCGUGAUCGGAUGUUCGUCUCUAAGAGGAUCAUGGAGCAUGUUAGUGAUGAGAGGAACUUUCCUGUCCUCCUCUUCCCUGAAGGAACAUGCAUCAACAACACAUCAGUGAUGAUGUUCAAGAAAGGAUCAUUUGAGAUUCCAACAACAAUUUAUCCCGUUGCAAUUAAGUACAACCCUUGGUUUGGUGAUGCAUUUUGGAACAGUUCCAAGCACAGCAUGGUGCAAUAUUUAUUGGUAGUGAUGACAAGUUGGGCCAUUGUAGCUGAUGUGUGGUACUUGCCUGCCAUGAAGCGUCAACCUGAUGAGAAUGCAAUGCAAUUCGCUGAACGAGUUAAAUCAGUUAUUUGCAGAAGAGGUGGUUUGGUGGAUUGUAUUUGGGAUGGUCAGUUAAAACGUAUGAAAGUGAAAGGAGUCGUAUCUUCAUGAAAAACAACGAGAGCUUGGUGAAUUGUUCGGCGAUGAUGAAGGUGUUCCAUGCGCUCCUCCUAAAAAAGUUCGCUUCGAUCUAACCCCAUCCAGUGGUGAAACUGACGAUGAAUUCAACCAAUCUGAACAAUGCUGCCUGUCUGAAACUGAUGAAGCAGAACGAACUGUUUUGUCGGAGUUAGAGAAUGCCGAUAAUGUAAAUGGUAUGCGGCAUAGAGAUUAAAAUCUGUCUUUAACACACUAGUAUUAGGAGUAUAAUUAUCAACCUAAUCUACCGACGAAUGAAGUGCGUAUUUGCACUUAUGUUAAAACAUACUGCGCUGUUGUGAGCACUUCCAAGACGAAUGUUGUUAACCCGCUGCCACGGAUAGAUUUUAUUCGUACUUUUAUGUCAUGAAUUGACAAUUUUACACAUAAAUCGUCGCUUAAUUUAUCAUGAACAGUAUAGUGCUGCUUUACAAUAAAGUGUAAAUUAAAACAUCAAUAAUCGAUAUUUUAAAUACAUGCUGCGUUUUUUGCUUGCAAAA